AGAAUUUCAUCAGCUCAAUUAUCUGUCAAACCGUUCUGCAAAAAGUACAGAGUGCAACUUUUCGGCUAAUUUCUUUCAUUUCUUUCGGAAGAAUCAUAAAAUAAUAAAAUCUCCGACAGCAUGUCAGCAAGUCUGCGUAUUUUCGGUGCACUCAGAAGCUGUCAAUCGAUUCUCACAAAUGCUUCGCGUGUGCGAGCACUAAACCUAAGAAAUCAUUCCAGAGCCACCAUUCAGAAUGUUCGUUUCCUCAGCACCGUUCAAACCGAAGAUAAUUUCCAUUCGAUCAUCAAGGACAACGAAAAACCAACCGGUCAAUUGGACAAACAUGAAUUCCAGGCCGAAACUCGAAUGCUACUCGACAUCGUAGCUCGGUCUUUGUACUCGGAAAAAGAAGUCUUCGUCCGUGAAUUGAUUUCCAAUGCUAGCGACAGUUUGGAGAAGUUCCGGUACACAAGUCAUACCUCUGCUGAAAGUGAAUACGAAGAUGCUGGACGAGCACUGGAAAUACAUAUUGGAACCGACAAACAGUCAAUGCUGUUGACUAUUCAGGAUACAGGAAUUGGCAUGACUCGUGACGAAUUGGUCAGUAAUCUGGGCACAAUAGCAAGAUCUGGCUCGAAACAAUUCCUGCAGGAAAUCAAACAGAAAGGCGACGCCGUCGAGAACUCAUCGAACAUCAUCGGUCAGUUUGGUGUUGGCUUCUAUUCGGCAUUCAUGGUGGCCGACAAAGUGGAAGUAUUCACAAGAUCAUCGAAAACUGCGUCGCCCGGCUUACGAUGGUGUUCCGAUGGAUCUGGUACCUAUGAAAUUCAGGAGGCCGAUGGCGUGUCAAUCGGUACGAAAAUCAUUUUGCAUCUGAAGACUGAUUGCCGGGAGUAUGCGGAUGAGGAGCGCAUCCGAACGGUGAUAAAGAAAUACAGUAACUUCGUCGGGAGUCCCAUCUAUUUGAAUGGGAAAAAGGCGAACGAUAUCCAGCCACUUUGGUUGAUGGAACCGAAAGACGUUACCGUUGACCAGCACCGAGAAUUUUACCGUUUCGUCGGAAGUUCGUACGAUACGCCAAGAUUCACAUUGCAUUACAAGACCGAUGUACCGCUGAGCAUCCGUGCGCUGUUGUAUUUCCCCGAAGGAAAGCCCGGUCUCUUCGAAAUGUCACGUGAUGCCGACGUUGGUGUCGCAUUGUAUACGCGCAAGAUUCUGAUCCAGUCGAAAACGGACCAACUUCUGCCGAAGUAUUUGCGAUUUGUCAAAGGUGUCGUCGAUUCGGAGGAUAUUCCAUUGAAUUUGAGUCGUGAAUUGCUUCAGAACAGUUCGCUCAUCCGUAAAAUUCGUAACGUCAUAACGAAUCGCAUUCUACGUUUCCUGCACGACAAAUCCGUGAAAGAACCCGACCAGUUCGAGUCUUUCUACCGCGACUACGGUCUCUUCUUGAAAGAAGGAAUCGUCACCACCGAACUGCACACCGACAAAGAAGAAAUCGCCAAACUGUUACGCUUCGAUUCCAGCCACAGCGUGGACAACAAACGCAUCUCACUGCCCGAAUACUGCAAUCAGAUGAAAGAAGACCAGAAGGACAUUUACUACUUAGCCGCACCGAGCCGUGCAUUGGCCGAAAGCUCGCCGUACUACGAAGGAUUGAAGAAAAAGAACUACGAAGUGCUGUUCUGCUACGAACCGUACGAUGAAUUGGUGCUGAUGCAGCUGCAAAUGUUCUUGGGCAAGCCAAUCAUUUCGGUGGAGAAGGAAAUGCGAUUGGAUCGUAAUACAGAACCGGAUUUCUGCGAGGGAAGUUUGGUUAAGGCUCAGGUUGAUGACAUCAUUCCGUGGAUCAAAUCUUCGCUGGCUGGCAAGGUGACCAGUGUGAAGGCAACAUCCAGAUUAGAGGAUCAUCCGUGUUGUAUUACUGUGGAGGAGAUGGGCGCGGCGAGGCAUUUCAUUCGUACACAAGGUCAUCAAGUACCCGAAGAAAAUCGGUACGCACUGCUGCAACCACAACUAGAAAUCAAUCCAAAGCAUCCGAUCAUCAAAAAAUUGUUUGACCUGAAAACAUCGAACGAGGAAUUGGCAAAAUUGCUCAUUCAACAGUUAUUUGCCAAUGCAAUGGUCGGUGCUGGAUUGGCCGACGAUCCGAGAACACUUUUGUCCACAAUGAACGAUUUGCUCACAAAAGUGCUGGAAAAGCAUUAGCUCGUGCGACGUUCUUUUCGUUUAAAUGAAUGGAUUUUGUUUGGUUGAAUAUAUUUGUGAUAGAAAAUAAAAAUUACUUAAAAACCCUCGAAAAA